AUGGCUAGAGUGGGAGGCAUUUUUCUUUGUCUCCUCAUUGUUAUCAUUGAUAUAGCAGCUGGGAUUCUUGGCUUCGAAGCUGAAACAGCACAAAACAAGGUUAAGCAUUUGAAGGUGUGGAUAUUUGAGUGUAGAGAGCCAAGUCAUGAAGCCUUCAUGUUGGGGUUGGGUGCAGCAGUGCUUUUGGGAGUAUCUCAUGUUAUAGCCAACUUGUUAGGUGGCUGUAAUUGUGUUUGUUCUCAACAAGAGUUUGAGAAAGCUUCCUCCAAUAAGCAACUCUCCACGGCUUGCCUUAUUUUAACCUGGGUGGUGGCGGCCGCUGGAUUGUCAAUGCUAGUGAUAGGGUCCAUGUCAAACAACAGGGCUGAUGGUUCUUGUGGAUUCUCACACCAUCACUUUCUGUCCAUUGGUGGGAUAUCUUGUUUUGUCCAUGGUUUAUUCUCUGUUAUAUAUUACAUUUCUGCAACUGCCUCUGUGGAUUAG